CUGCCCUCUUCCCACUUCUUCCUUUCUCUUCCCUGAUCACGACUAUAGAGCACAAUGGCCCCAUCAGCUUCAAAACAGAAGCGACUCGCCGAGAAGGCGGCGAAGCAGUCCGCAAAAGUAAAGGGCACCGACGCGUCCACCAGCACCUCGACCCCCACCGGUUCCGUCAAUGGCGGUAGUUCGGUCAACACCCCACUCACGAGCAUGUCUGCUGCGACGAGCCAAGAGGACCUGAGUGCGAUGGCGAAGCUGCAGAUUGCAACUGAUCGGAGUGCUGCAGGAGUGCUCGUAUCGGACCCCAAGGGCCGCGAUAUCAAAAUCGAUUCGUACACGCUGUCCUUCCACGGACGCUUGCUCAUCGAGGGUGCGGAGGUCUCUCUGAACUAUGGGCAACGGUAUGGGCUUUUGGGCGAGAACGGAUCCGGCAAGUCGACAUUCCUACAAUCCAUCGCUGACCGUGACAUCGAGAUCCCCGAACACAUUGACAUCUACCUCGUCCGUGGCGAGGCAGAGCCUUCGGAGGUGAACGCGGUCGAUUACAUCGUCCAGUCGGCGAAGGACAAGGUCGCAAAGCUCGAGCAACGCAUCGAGGAGCUCUCCGUCGCGGACGACAUCGACGAAGUCCAGCUCGACCAUCUGUACGAGGAGCUCGAGGAGAUGGAUCCCUCCACAUUCGAGGCCAAGGCCGGUUCCAUCCUUCACGGUCUUGGAUUCUCGCAGCAGAUGAUGGCGAAGCCGACGAAGGACAUGUCUGGCGGUUGGAGGAUGCGUGUCGCGCUCGCGCGUGCGCUGUUCGUCAAGCCGCACCUGCUGCUGCUGGACGAGCCGACGAAUCACUUGGAUCUGGAGGCGGUGGUGUGGCUUGAGGCAUACCUGUCGAUGUACAACCACAUCCUCGUCAUCACCUCGCACUCGCAGGACUUCAUGGACACCGUGUGCACGAACAUCAUGGACCUCACGACCAAGAAGAAGCUCGUGUACUACGGCGGUAACUACUCGACGUACGUGCGGACGAAGCAGGAGAACGAGGUGAACCAGAUGAAGGCGUACAACAAGCAGCAGGAGGAGAUCGCGCACAUCAAGAAGUUCAUCGCGUCCGCGGGAACGUACGCGAAUCUCGUCAAGCAGGCGAAGUCGAAGCAGAAGAUCAUCGACAAGAUGGAGGCGGCGGGCUUGGUAGAGAAGAUUGAGAUCCCGAAGCCGCUCCGGUUCAACUUCGAGGACGUCUCGAAGCUGCCUCCGCCCAUCCUUGCGUUCAACGACGUCGCGUUCUCCUACUCUGGCAAGCCCGAGGACUAUCUGUACAAGAACCUCUCGUUCGGUAUCGACAUGGACUCGCGCAUCGCCAUUGUCGGCCAGAACGGUACGGGCAAGUCGACCCUGCUGAACCUCAUCACGGGCGCGCUGCAGCCGACCGAGGGCACGAUCUCGCGGCACGUCGGCCUCAAGCUCGCCAAGUACUCACAGCAUUCAGCCGACCAACUCCCGUACGAGAAGAGCCCUAUCGAGCACCUCCAAUCGCUCUAUCACGAAAAGUUUCCUGACAAGGACAUGCAGGCGUGGCGUGCUCAGCUUGGGCGGUUUGGUCUCUCAGGGUCGCACCAGACCUCGGCGAUCAAGCAACUUUCGGACGGUUUGCGGAACCGGGUCGUGUUCGCGCAGCUUGCGAUGGAGCACCCGCACAUCCUCCUGCUUGACGAGCCGACGAACCACUUGGACAUGGCUUCGAUUGACGCGUUAGCGCGGGCCAUUAAGGAGUACGAGGGCGGUGUUGUCAUCGUUUCACAUGACUUCCAACCCCCCGCGGUCGCGGCCGCGGCCUCUGCUGCCCGCAUGCCUGUGCGGCGCUGGACAAAUUUUACGAGUUCCGCGAGCUCCUACGGGCUCAUUUCUCAAGUCGCCGAAGAGCUGUGGGAAGUGAAGGACAGGAAGAUCAAGAAUUUGACGAAGGAGGACAUCACGAUCGUCGAUUACAAGAAUAUGCUCGUGAAGAACAGUCACGCUGCGCUCGAGAAGGCGAAGCUGUUCAGCAAGACAACGAGCAAGACGAAGGGCGUAUAGAUGCCUGUCCCAUCGCUGCGGCCGUGGAUGACCCUGGCCGUUUGUGUAUCUGUGACGACUGUAUGACGAGCAGCAUCCGACACGAACUUUGUAGCAGCAGCAUCUGUUUUCGUAGCACAUAGCAAUAGCUUCCUUCCUCUUCACCGUUGAUCGUUAGAUCGCAUCUCAGCCUCGUUCCCUGCGUCCGGAUGAGAAGGAUGUACGUACACGUUGUAUUCACACUAGCAAUACCAUCUAGACCGUAUACUAUCGCGUUGCUCA